AACAAAAAUGUUGCUGGAAAACCAAAAUCUUAUUUCCAAAUUUCCAAAGUAAUUUUCAUAUAACUAGAGUAACUUUAUCAAUUAAACUGGAUAGACUAGAAAACUGCGUCAUAGAAGGUAAUCAUUUCAGAGAAAGAGAAAACAUUACGAAAAGUACAGACGUUUAAGUCGACCAGAAUAAUGUGUGGCAAUGAUAGUUUGACAAAGAAUACUUUAGAAGCGGUACCUGAAUCACCACAAUACUCUAAGGGACUAAAUGAGAGGUCAGCAGAAAAGAACGUCAGUGAUGAAUUACAAGAAGAAUUAAUUCCGCGUCGAAAAAAUGUCGAGUGUCCAUUUCAAAUGAAAAAGAUUAACCGGAAUGAUGAUUUAUCACAGUCUGUAUUAGAAACAGAACAGGAGCCUGAUUAUUCCUUAAGUGUUGGCCAUUCAGAAAAUAAUAUUGAUGAUUCCUUGAAUGGAAAUGAUGAUUUUAAUGUUACUGACAAUCAACUCAAAGACAUUGAUCCAUUGACAAUCUACUCACAGGACAGUGAUGGAGACACAUUGUUGCAUAUGGCAAUAAUUCUGCAGAAGACGAGGGAAUGUAUGAUUUUUAUAUCACUGUCACCAACAUAUAGAUGGAUUUCAUUUCAAAAUCUGCUCUUUCAGACACCGUUACAUUUAGCAGCAAUAACUAAUCAGCCUAAAGUCACGAGAAGAUUGGUGAUUGCUGGAGCAAAUGUGACGUCACAAGACAAAGAUGGUAACACCGCUUUACAUAUUGCAUGCCGGGAUGGACGUUUGGAUGUAUUGACAUCAUUGCUUGAACCAGUACGAUAUAGUGAAACAAAACAAAACAAGUAUGAACUACCAUACCAAAACAUUCCUCAAGAUUUCAAAGUCACGAAUUAUGACGGACUAACAUGCCUUCAUUUAGCAGCAAUUAAUGGACAUAUAGAUAUUAUUGAAAUUUUGAUCAAAAAUGACAUUGAUGUAAACAUGAAGGAAUGGAAAACGGGCAGAUCUGUUCUGCACAAUGCUUGUCUAAAAGGUGAUAUCAAUUUAGUUAAAAUAUUAUUACGUCACAAAGCAUGUGAUAUAAAUGCACGGGCAUUUGACGGGAGCACGCCUUUUGAUCUUGCACGUUGCCUCUCAUAUAGUAAUAUAUGUAUGACGUUAGCUGGAGCGGGAGCAAGAUAUGGCGAAGAUCACUCAGAUACAGAGUAAAUAUCGCCCUGAAUACAUUAGCAGACAUAUCAAACUACUUAGUCAUUGAAUAAUAUUAUGCAACUGAUGUCAUUAACAUAAGUGAAGUACUGUUAAUAUUUGUCUCUUCCUGAUAUUUAUGUUAAAAGGACUGAUUUGUACCUGCAUGUACAUUGUUGAUUUCGUAAUAUAACCUUUAUCUUGUUACAACUGGUGCAUUUCGGUUUAUUUGCUUGCAACUUGUAACUAAUAUCUAGUAAAUUAAGAAAUUAUUUAAUACAAUGAAGUAAUCAUGUAUCGUAAUCAUGAAUCUUAUUAGCGCAUCAGAUAUCACUAGAGGCUGAAGAGAAUUGUUCUAUUUCCGUGGCUGAGAAGGGAUUUUUCUGAAAUGUAAUCAAUGAAAAACAUCUCAAUACCUUCAAAUAUGCAGUUCUUACACAAGAAAGAAAACUAUUUCAUAACGAGUACAUACAUAACUUAUCAAUAGUAUCAAUAGUAUUCUUAAAUAAUUCAGACAUAGUUUUAUAUGAAAACUAGGAAGUAAACACGUCAGACUUCGUCUAGCAUAUUCUUGGUAUAUUCGUAAUGGAAGCUCUGCUUUUAUUUUCGGUUUUCCUUUUCCUGUAUUUCCAAAAUAAGACAUGACUGUGCAUAAAGAUUAAACAGUCAAUAAAUGAAGGACAUACAGAGGUACAUAAGUAAACACUAAUUAGCAAAAGUAAACACGCCUAAAAUAAUCAUGACUUUUAUGUAAAAUGGUUCGAAAGUAAAUAGUUUUCAUUUUCACUGUUGAUUUCAUGCCAUUUAGGUAUCAAUGAUCAUCUAUUUCUCAUCUACAUCUAUCGAAAUGUUGCCCUUUGUCAAAAAUAAUUAUAAGGUCCUUUGUUUUCAUGAUUAAUAGUUUUUUACAACCUUUUGUUUGGCACGAAGGAUGUAACUAUGUGAUAAAAAUCAAUGACUUCACAGUACAACUGCUCAACACUGAAAUUUUUUCGCCUAGAGUUUUAAGCAUUUCCGGUCGUUUUCAAUCUAUAUAUCUUAGGUAGCAGGGUACACUUCGAAUUUUGGCCCCCGUCAAUAUGUGUUAUAAUUAGAACUUCGUGAUUUUGGAUGUCUGUAAAUUAAGGUGAGAGAAAAUGAUUGUUAAUUCCGUGCUUGUUGAUUGAUACUCAGGAACUUUUUCGCUAUUUUGUGAAAAAAAACGAGCUGGAUGGGCCCCCAUUCCCUUUAUAUCCUGUAGUUCAGUAGGGACUAUUAAAUUGAGAAAUGCAAUGAAAUUGGGCAUUAUUCCUGCAGCGGGAUCAUUGCAGCCUGUUCAAAAGGUGCAAAAUUGAUGAUUUUGGCAUGCUAUUAUUAAUGGAAUAAGUAAAACUUUCGUUUUGAUAACUUUCUGUAUUCUUGUAUGAGAGUCAUGAUCUUGUCAUUAAUUAAAAGCACAAAACAUUCACGCACUUUAUAAAGUGGCCAUCCUGAAUCUGCUUAUUUGGGAAGUGCAAUAUUGCGACGCGCUACAUGUAAGCAUGGUCGUGCCCAAAUUGUUCGACCCUAAGUGUACCCUGCUACCUUAAGGGAAAUCUGCCAAAAUUAAAUUUUGAAAGAAUUCUUAAAAUUGUGCGGUUUCACACAGUUUAGAACCUCUUCUUCGAUAUUCUAAACUUUCUGAGGACUUAAAACGUUACCUGACGGCACAGCAGCUCAAAAAAUGUUACGGUGAGGACACAUAUAAGCAUAAAAGUCAAAAUACAUGCAUACGAUUUAUUUAGAUUCUAGCACCAUUAACAGAACUCUAGUACAGUAAAAACAUAUUUUUUAUCAUUAUUAACCAACAUAGCACAUAUCUGGCCCACCAGCUAUGCAUUUCGUCAAUCAGGGGGAUGUUCGGACGGUGGGGACCCCAUGAAAUAGGAAAAUAGAGGGUGGGGACAUUUUAUUUUGGCAAAAUGAUGCAAAAUUGCCCUUAUAUCAUUCGUAAUGACAAAAUACGUUAAAUCAUGCCGGAAAAUGAUAAAAACGGAUGUAAUGUACGUUCUUUGUCUCGUAGCGACAAUUUGUAAAUUUGGCUAAAUUUGUGCGUUUGGGGUGUGCAAGUUUAGACGCUCACAUACAGACUUAUGUUCAUUCUAUUGAAAACAUUUUUAUUGGGUUCAAUUUGCAAAAGAUAUAUAAAAGUUCAGAACUAGCAAAACCCUCUUUUGUUCAUUAACUGAAAAAUCUUAAGGUAGCAGGGUACACUUCGAAUUUUGGCCCCCGUCAAUGUGUUGUAAUUAGAACUUCGUGAUUUUGGUUGUCUGUAAAUUAAGGUGAGAGAAAAUGAUUGUUAAUUCUUUAGAAAAUUUAAACAGCCGAUACACGUAAAAUUCUGAUGUAAGUUAUAAAACUAACUGCUGCUAGCUUUGUACGAAUCGGUGAGUCACCUUGGCGCGGGAAAUUCAAAUCACGGAAGGAUUCCGUGCUUGUUGACUGAUACUCAGGAACGUUUUCGCUAUUUUGUGGAAAAAAACGAGCUGGAUGGGCCCCAUUCCCUUUAUAUCCUGUAGUUCAGUAGGGACUAUUAAAUUGAGAAAUGCAAUGAAAUUGGGCAUUGUUCCUGCAGCGGGAUCAUUGCAGGCUGUUCAAAAGGUGCAAAAUUGAUGAUUUUGGCAUGCUAUUAUUAAUGGAAUAUGUAAAACUUUCGUUUUGAUAACUUUCUGUAUUCUUGUAUGAGAGUCCUGAUCUUGCAAUUAAUUAAAAGCACAAAACAUGCAUGCAAUUUAUAAAGUGGCCAUCCUGAAUCUGCUUAUUAGGGAAGUGCAAUAUUGCGACUCGCUACAUGUAAGCCCGGUCGUGCCCAAAAUUUUCGACCCUAAGUGUACCCUGCUACCUUAUAUUCAUUGUUUCUUGUUUGCAUUUUCUAUGUUAUAUCUCGUGUUAAAUUUAUCAAUUAAUCAGACCAAAAUCGAUAACUGGACACAGAAUUUAAAGAUUUCGUUGUUAGAUAUUGUAAAGUGAAAACUAAUAUAUAAUUUGCAGACUCAGACAUGUUAGAGGCAGUGUUUUAUCCGUCCACUACAAUACUGAUAUUAUAUAUAGGUUGUUUUAUGACACAAACCAAACUUUAGAAUAAUUACGUAGCUAGUCUCAGUCAUGUGAAAAACAAUUCCACGGCAAAGAUACGACAGGGUUAAACUGUUACAAUAUACAUAUAGGCAAAGUAAACAGUAAAUUUUACUAUUUUAUAUUAGCAGAAUUUCAAUCAAUGGUUUCCAUUAUUAAUUUUAGUUUGUACAUGAAAGUAAGAUUUUUAACCCAUCAUUUAGGUCACAUACUUCGUUACCUACACAGACAGCAUUAUAAACAUAACGCCAUCGCACGAAACUUGAGAAAAAGAAAGUUCAAGUUAUGAUUGUCAUGUUUGGUAUUUCAAGGAGUUCACUAGGGAUUGCUUGUAGUCUUGAGUACAUACACUUUUUCUGGAAUAAGGAAAAGAACAUGCGGAUCUAGAAGCUAUGGUAACUUUUUCACUUUCGGUUUUCUGUAUUCCUUUCCUGGAACGGGCAAAUGAAUCCUGGAGAAUACUUGACGUUCUGCCUUUGGUUUUUCCACUUGUUUUUCCAUUCACAACAUUAUUCACCAUUUAGGAUUGAACAUAAAGUAUCAAAACUGUUCUACAUUUAUCCACCUAAUAUUGCCUCAUAAUCUUACCUGAAUGACGUUUACUUUUAACGAUAAAAGCAAUUGUUGUCAGUGAUUGGUUGCAUUCAUUUCAAUUGUUUCAUAUUCUGUGUUCAUCAUCUUUGUGUUGUACUUUUGAACUCAGACAUUAACAGGUCAUUGGUAUUUUAUCAUUUAUUGUAACUUAUGUUAUAUAAUGAUAAUAAUAAUAAUAAUAAUAAUAAUAAUUCUGUUGUACUUUGCUGAAUUGUCUUUUCUGAUGUUUACUAUAUUUUAUUUGUUUCAUUUUUCUUUUUGUCUUACAAGUAUAUCAAUUUAUGUUUAAGACGAUUUCUGCUGCAACGUAUCCUCACAUUUGAAAAAUAUCGAUACAGAAUAUAUUAAACAUUUAGAAUACAAUGAAUCUUAAUGUUCUUAAAAGCCAGAUUUUCAGUUUUUAAGCUUUCCUCUCUUCAAAAUCAUAUCGAGGUAAAUUCAACAUCUUGAUACAUUUCAAAUGAAAGCCAGAUAUUUAGAUCUAGGGAAAUAUUUUGAAGACAGAAACAAACUAAAACAAACAAACAAAAAGAAACGGUAGACAUCGUUUGCAACAAGAAAAGUAACAUUGUUAUUUUCUGAAAAACAGUUUUAAGUGCUUUUGCUGCAGUGUUAACAAAUAAAUAACUUUUAUAUUGGCAAAAAAGUAUUUUUAUUUCUGCUAUGAUAUGCCCCUAAGAAAGAGUUUAUUCGAAAGGCGCAUUUAGUUUCAUGUUCUUCAUUUUCCCACCUACGCGACACACUACGUAUUGAAUUGCGUAAUCUUUGUAUAUUAGGACCAUGGCAUAAUUUAUUAUGUAAGACUGGCUACUAGCAGAGCAUUCAAUCCUCUUACAAUUAAAUUAAAUCAUUGUACUAUUAUUUAUCAUUACUAGAUCUAGUAUCAUCAUCAUAAUCAUCAUCAUCAUUAUCGUCCAUAGUCAGUCAAUCCUUUGAAUGAAAUGUGAAUUCAGGUAGGAAUGGAUAGACUACAUCAAAAGUAUAUUUCAUCCAAAAGAUAUAACUGAACUGACUUCUGUUUGAUUAAUGCUUCUAUUCCAUUUUGGUAUAAAGAUCCAGAGUUUUCCAAUGAUUUCUAAGACUAUAGGUGAAACAUGGUGGACCUUAUGCGCUGAAUAAGAUCAAAACCAGUGUCUCGGUAGCGGAGAGGUUAGGUCUGCAUUUGAAUCACUUCCGAAAGUAGGUUCGAAGCCUCACUCGGGAUGAAGAAGUAUUCAUGUGAGAAAGUAUGUGGUUCUACCCGGUUCUACCUAUCCAUACCUGAAACAAUGCCUGGCUCCACAAUAAAAAUCUGGAAAUGUCUGCAUAUGACCAAAACUGUGUCUAUGUGACUCUGAACCACAUAAAAACAAAAACAAUCUAUAAAAUCUUUGUGUGCAGAUGUGUUCAACUGACCUCAAGUAAAAUAGAAUUGACCAUAUAGAAUGACAUGUAUAAUUUAAGAAACUGGUAACAUUUCUUCCAAAAAUUAAAACCACUGAAUUUUCUGUAAACAGCUUUACUUAUUUGAAAAGUCUGCAUGCGUCAGCCGCAAGUCACCUAAAAUAUCUUUCUCUUGAAAUCAGAUUAUGGUAAGAACCAUCAAUAACUCCCCCAGCGUUUGCAAUUAAUAAACGUGUUAACCAAAAACCUUAACGCCCGCUUAGCUCAGUAGGUAAGAGCGUUGGUCUACGGAUCGCGGGGUCGCGAGUUCGAUCCUCGGGCGGGGCGUAUGUUCUCCGUGACUAUUUGAUAAACGACAUUGUGUCUGAAAUCAUUAGUCCUCCACCUCUGAUAAUUCAUGUGGGGAAGUUGGCAGUUACUUGCGGAGAACAGGUUUGUACUGGUACAGAACCCAGGAACACUGGUUAGGUUAACUGCCCGCCGUUACAUGACUGAAAUACUGUUGAAAAAACGGCGUUAAACCCAAAACAAACAAACAAACAAACAAACAAAAACCUCAACACACUUAUUUCACUGGGUGUUUACUAGUUAUUUCCCUUGAGAUUAUUUUUCAGUUCUGCCAUUUCAUGUAAUUUAACCAUGUCUAAGACUGUUGUUGUCAUGAUUGUUUUCAUGUUCCAAUGU